UCAGCGUCCGCGACGAUGUUGGUACACACGCAACAGCAUGCACACGACGCACAGUUGACGCAUCGUGGCAGCUACGACGGUCGUGUGGCUUUCGUUUUCCGCGCGUCGGGGCCUAUCGAUUCGUUCGAUAGACAAACGCCGUCGAUUGCGAGUUACAUUUCGAGGUUAACUGUGGGUCCUUCCACCAUCCGUUGAGAUGGGAGUGAUAUUUCUCGAGCACAUCGGCGGCACCCGCCUGUUCUCCUGCGCUUCCUGCGACACCAACCUCACCAACAGGGGACAGCUGAUAAGUACACGCUUCACGGGUGCUACGGGACGCGCGUUCCUCUUCAAUAAAGUCGUCAACCUAAAUUACAGCGAGGUACAGGAUAGAGUGAUGCUGACUGGUCGUCAUAUGGUUCGAGAUGUCAGCUGCAAAAACUGUGAUGCAAAACUCGGAUGGGUGUAUGAAUUUGCAACAGAUGAGAAUCAACGAUACAAGGAAGGGCGUGUUAUCCUGGAACGAGCUCUCGUCACAGAGAGUGAUGGGUUGAGCGAAAAUAUUUAAUAUUUAAUACCAAGUAGAAUGUGUUUAAUAUAUUAAAAGAUAACUAAUAUAGUUUGUAUUUUAUUAUAACUCUCGUGUUGUUUGGUUCAGUUUUGUUAUAAGGCGCGAGAGACUUUGGUUAGUGCCAACUUCUUUGUGUAUAAGCAAGUAUUCAUGAACCACUACUCUAUUUAAGUAAAGCAGUUUAAGCGAUGUUCAACAUUUUCGUGAAUAUGGUGUAGUUCCCAAUUUGUAAGAUCAAUCGUUUCCAGCAUCUAUCAUACUCAUGUUUAAUGUGUUCAAAUUCUCAAAUUUAGCAGUGUACAUCUCAUAUCAGAACUAUCAAAUCUUAUUCACGAUGAUUGUUGAAUAUAUAUAAUGGUAAGUGUCAUUGGUAUCUUCUUGUAGAUAGAAACAUUAACAAACUGACUUCAUGUUUGUCAAGAAAAUUGAGAAAAUGUGAGUAUAUAAAAUACAGGUGACUGUGUAUCUCGACGUGAGAAAUAUAGACGUAAAUGGGAUAGAGAGAAUUGUUAUAUAACUUUAUUUGUAUACCUAUAAUGAAUUUGACUGACAAGAACAAGAACGUGCCAGGCAAUUGCCACUUUUUUCUCCUUGUUACCUUAGUUUUCUAAUAGCUGUCAAACUCAUUAGAACUUUGCUACAUAUGAACAUGAAUUGAAAAUACAUUUACAUAUAUUGUACAUGCGUUGUGUAGCAAGAUUUAUAUAUAUAUCUAAAAUAUUAUGAAUGCUCAAUAAAUUUGUAUGUAACAUCGAUAACAACAUAACAUCAGCAAAUAUAUAUAUAUAUUGAAUAUAGGAUUAUCAAAUAUAUAUAUAUAAUAUUUAUAUAUUCAAUAAAUUUGUGUGUAAUGUGAAUAAUAAAAUAAAAUAAAUUCAUAAUAUAAGGUAAACAAGGAAAUAUAUAUCAAUCUUGCUAAAAUUUUAUAAAAGUUAAGCUUUAUAUAUCUAUUCGACUUUCAUGAUAAAGAAAAGUUGCUUUUAACGUAAACAAAGAAGGUAACAAUCAAUAAACUUGAAUGAUGAAUAUGCGAUAUAGAGAUAAGCUUAUAUAGUCAUUACGGAACAUCUCUAUGUUCUCUACAUUCAAAUAGCUGGAUUACAUACGUAUGAAAUAAAAAUAUUAAAAAUAACGUUUGAUAUUUCUGAACAGUUUGAGUAAAAAUUAAAGAAACAUAAAUAUUUAAUUACAGAGAGAUAUAUGGAUAUCUUUUUCAUCUCAAUUAUACGGGAUGUCUCAGGCCUCAAGACUUUAAUUCUAUCAAGAAUUUCUAUGAGCAAUUAAAAAACAAUUUUUCGAAAUUAUUUAAAGAACCUUCUAAAAUUAAAGUCGCGUGUUAUGGAAUACUCUAUAUAUUAUACGUCAUCGAAGUUCUGUUUAAACAGAUCAAACAAACAGCUCUUUCCUGGAAAUACAGAGCGCCUAGAUAUGUGUCGAUUACGCGCAGCCAGAGAAAAGAUAAAAAUUAAAAAUCAUGUUCGAUAUUUUUGAAAACUUGAAGAAUAAAGAGGCAGGAAAUAUCUCUUUCAUAACAACUAUGAGUCUUAACUUUCAUAUCAACUAUAAGUCUUCAAAAAUUUCUAUGUGCUCAAAUGAAUCUAAGCUUUUAUCUCGAAAUUUCAAAUAUUUAGAUAAGCGUGAAUUUUCUCAAUCACGAAAUAUGUAUAGAUAAAAAAAAAUCUCGCCGAAUAUUUCUGAGUGACUGACGAAUAAAAAAAUAUGAAUAUUUUUUUCAUCUCAA